UAAUCAUGGAGUCUACGUCAGCCCUAAGCUGCUUAGUGAAGAGGGGGAAGAAGCUGGCUGAUCUGUCUGGGUGGAAGACACAGUGUAAGCCUCUUUACCCCUACACUGUUCUGCUGUAUACCUUUAGGCUAUGCUAUGUGGUCAGUGCUCUGUGCUGUUUGCUGUCUUGACCUCGACCCUGAAGCCUUUGAUACAGGUUCCAUUCUUGAAGAGUCACCUCUGCUCUGGAGGUCUGGGAUGUCCACUUGAAGGAGAUCUACAGGAGGAGAUUCCUUUGGAAAUCUGCAUCACGCUCUCUCUUUGGAUCUUUACAUGACCCGUGAUGGUGGAUGUCUGACAUGUUCACAGCUCUGAGAUUUUAGAGGCCUGUCCCCACAUUUUUGCAGAAGUCCUCUGCGCUGCAGGAUUGAAGUGGCCUGGUAGAGCUGAAAGCCAUCCUAGGAUUCUGGCUGAGUUGUAUUUAGAGUGUUGUACCCUGCUCUGUGGGAAGGCUGAGGGGGAACCGGGCAACAUGCCCACCCUCAACAGCCUGAGCAAGCUGUGUAGCUCCAACCGUAGCCACACAGUGGACCGCCUCACCCGCAUCAAACAUAAAAACUCAGUCAAGCGCAUGUCCAUCAUUGAGGACGGUCAAGUGGCUGAGGUGCUCUACCUCAUUCCCAAAGUGUACAUGCAGCAGCUGCCGUACCUCAACCCUAACGACUAUUACCUGAGCGAGAGACUUAUCGAUCUGGCACCAGUGGCACAUGCUCAGGACGCACACAAUUCCAAUGAGAAGCCUCUGAUCCAGUGCUACAAGUGCGGGGAGCCAUGUAAGGGUGAGGUGCUGAGGGUCCAGUCCAAGCACUUCCACCUGAAGUGCUUCACCUGUAAAGUGUGUGGCUGUGACCUGGCUCAGGGAGGCUUCUUCAUGAAGAAUGGAGACUACCUGUGUACCCUGGACUACCAGCGAAUGCACGGGACGCGCUGCAAUGGCUGUGGGGACUUUGUGGAGGGAGAGGUCGUCACUGCUCUGGGCAAGACCUACCACCCUGCCUGCUUCGUCUGCACCAUCUGCAAACGACCGUUUCCUGCUGGGGAUAGGGUCACCUUCAAUGGCAAAGACUGUCUGUGUCAGUACUGUGUCCAGCCCACAUCCCCAGGACCCGGCAAAGACAUCAUUGACUCCAACUGCUGUGCGGGCUGUGGUAGAGACAUUAAGAAUGGUCAGGCUCUAUUAGCUCUGGAGAGACAGUGGCACCUGGGCUGCUUCAAGUGUAAGGCAUGUCAAAAAGUCCUCACUGGGGAGUACAUCAGCAAGGAUGGCACACCCUAUUGUGAGAAGGACUACCAGGUCCAUUUUGGGGUCCAAUGCGAAGCCUGCCAGCAGUUUAUCACAGGCAAAGUGCUGGAGGCAGGGGACAAACACUACCACCCCAGCUGUGCACGAUGCAGCAGGUGCAACCAGAUGUUCACAGAAGGAGAAGAGAUGUACCUGCAAGGAUCAACAGUGUGGCACCCUGGCUGUAAGAACACAACCAGAACAGAGGAAAGACAUAGGGAACGGCCUUCGAGGUCGUCGUCCGAGAGUAUCUGUUCCAGACCUGGUUCAAGCAUACCUGGCUCACCGGGUCAUACCAUAUAUGCAAAAGUAGACAAUGAGAUCCUUGAUUACAGGGACCUAGCCGCCAUUCCCAAAGUCAAAGCCAUUUAUGACAUAGAGCACCCUGAUCUGAUUACCUAUGAGCCUUUGUACACCAUGUCCCUGGAUGAGAGGGAGGAGAGGAGGGAGAGUGUGGGAGAGCUCCAUACUGCGAGAAGGGAGCGUUCCUCCAUGCCAGACGACAAGUCCUCAAGACACAUGUCACCUACACCGUCUGCUGAGGGCUGCUAUGACAUGAGGGAACGCAUCCUCCAGAGGUCCACCAGUCAGGGUUCUAUCGGAUCACACGUCUACAAUCGCAAUAGUUACACCCCGUUGUCACGCUCACCGCAGCAUUUUCACAGACCAGAAACUCUGACAGGCAUGCAGAAGCUCUGCUCUGACCUGUGCAGUAACAGCCAUAGUGACUCCCGCCCCACCUCCCCUUUCAGACACCACUUCCUACCCCAUAGCCAAGGCACUGAUCCACCCAGCGGGCGGAGCUCCCCUAUACCCCAACGGCCAGAGAGCCGGCCGGUCACUCCGCCUCUCUCUCUGACCCCUAAACAUUUCCACCUCCCAGAUCAGGGGAUCAACAUUUACAGGAAACCACCCAUCUACAAACAACACGGUUCAGAAGGAGGAAGGAGACGGUCUAGGGAAGAGGAGGAAGAGGAGGCUAUGAAGAGAAAGCAGAUCCAGGAGGAGCAAAUCAACAAGAUCCAGUCUGGUUUGGGGAAGCUGAUAAUGAAAGAGGAGAAUGAAAAGGAGCAGAUCAGGGAAGGUCAUGCACGCAGCCAAUCAGCUCAGCGCUAUGAACCUCAGCAGAAUAACUAUGAUGGAGAUGAUUCCAAAACUUCCUCGCUGCCUGGUUAUGGACGGAAUGGAUUACACCGGCCUCAGUCCACAGAUUUCACUCAGUACAACAGCCAUGGGGACAUGUGUGGGGGAGGAAGAGAGUUUCAGCACAUAAGGGAUGGCUGUGCCGCAGUAACAAGAAUGGACAGGGGAGUAUCUAUGCCUAAUAUGUUGGAACCAAAAGUCGUACCAUAUGAAAUGCUCACGAUAACCAGUAGAGGGCGAGCUAAACUGCCCAGGGAGGUGGACAGAACAAGACUGGAGCGCCACUUAGCCCCAGAAACGUUCUUUGACAUCUUUGGGAUGGAGAUCCAGGAAUUUGACAGGCUUCCACUGUGGAAACGCAACAACAUGAAAAAGAAGGCCAAGCUCUUCUAGCAGUCAGAGCAGCAUGCACUCAUCCCAUCCCAUAAGAUAGCAAUCUACUCUACCACUGUAACAUAGAUGUAGGAUUUGUUUUGGUUUCCCCCCUUUCCCUCUUUUUUGACAUGUUCAAGGAAGCAACGAAAUGGACUCUUUUUACUCUAUGCUUCCUCUACGGACUGAAUACAUAAUUAACGAACCGAUAGAUGCUACAAGGAAAUAGAAUAAACCCAUUUCUUGAGUGUUCAAAAAUGAAAAAGAAUAAGAAAGAAUGAUAAAUUAGGUCAUGUUUUUUUGUUUUUUUUACUGCUGCGCUUGUUUUUUUGUUUUGUUUUUCGCUUUGCUUUGAAUGGAGCUGCUUUUACUUUCUUUCCCGUUUCUUUAAUCUCAUGGCACCAAAUGGAACAUGUUCUUCACAUGCGAAACUGGAAUGUCUGUCUGUCAGCUUCAUAAGUCAAUGGUCAGCUUGCCCUCAUUUUGGCUGAAACAUUUUAGACCAGUGUUGAUGUCAAAUCAAAUGGCUCACAGUCUUCAUCAUGGACAUAUUGGGUCUUGCCAUUUCUUUAUGGCUCUAGUACAUAAUAUGAGUCCAAAUCUUCAAACACUGCUCAGCUUGCCUGAGCACCUCGCCAUGUUACUCUCACUGGCAUCAGUCUGGAAAAGCCAUCAAUCAAAACAAUAUAAUGUGGUUUUCAUAUAGAUCCGGGUUAUAUUCAUCAGGGCAUGCAACAUUUUAAAAUGUUCUGUAAUGGAAAACUGAAAUGAGCGUGGACAAGUCCAAGUAGUCCCUUCCUAUUUCAGUUUGUUUUCUUCCAUUUGAUGCCUAUUAAAUAUGACCCAGGUAGCCUCUUCAACAAAACAGUUUAUCCUAUCAGGCUCCCAUGAAAACGACCCAAUUUAAGUUUUACGUUGGUUAAAUUGGAGAAGAAAUUCCUAUUUUACUCACAAAUAUUCAACAAACACAAUCCCAAAAAAGACAACAUUAAAUGUACAAAAAUAACAACUGUAUUUAAAAUGACUGUUUUAUAAAUGAAACCCACACUGCCAUUUGUUGUAUUGAAAUAUAAGCAAAAAUAAAGCUUUAAAUCCCUGUGUAUGAUACACCAAAGGUAUCACCUGUAUUAGUUUAUCUCCUCUCAGCUAUUAAACUACAAUAAACACAG